UAGAAAUUAUAUUGGUAAUUUUCAGAAACUUGUAAUUUAUAUAGUGAAAAUUCAAAUAAUCUGGAAGAUUCUUGUCUUUUAAAAUAUAUCCAGGGAAGUAACCGUUUGUCUGGAUGAUAAUUUCAGUUGUCUUCAUUUGAUAUUUAUGCCAUUAUGCCAGGACCAGAGACAACAAUUGUUGUUUGUGUUUGUUUAUGCUUCAUUUUCAAUUUCAAUUGUCAUUUCUUGUUGAUACCAUUCCAAUAACAUAACCUCAUACUUCAGUCACAGUGUACUCCAGAAACUCAUUUUGAAAAUAAAAUAAAUACUUUCACAUUCUAUUAAAAUGACAAAUAGUACCAACAAUAGUCCUACAAAAGAGGAUGAUACUGAGGGCAAAAACUUAAUGAAAAACCGUGAUUAUUUGUAUCGGCUAAUUAUCAGUCAACUCUUUUACGAUGGACACCAAGCAUUAGGCACGAGUUUAACAAGUGUUGUUCAAGCUGAACCACCUUGCCCUCCAAGUGAUCGAUUGUUUCAUAUUGUUUUAGCCGGACUAGAACAUGAACCAGAUCGUAAGGAUAGACCUCAAAAUGUUGGUAUUGGAAGUAAUAAUAUCGGUCCUGGAUUAGAUUUGGAGUUUGAAACAGAGAGCAAUGCUCCUGCACCAGAGCCAGCAUUAUACGAAACAGCUUAUGUAACUUCUCAUAAAGGAAACUGUAGAGCUGGGUGCUUUUCAAGUGACGGACAACUAAUUGCUACUGGGAGUGUUGAUGCAAGUAUUAAAAUCUUAGAUGUUGAUCGCAUGUUGGCAAAGUCAGCCCCUGAUGAAAUGGACCCUUCUCGUGGUGAACAACAAGGCCAUCCUGUAAUUAGAACACUCUAUGACCAUAUGGAGGAAGUUACUUGUUUAGAAUUUCACCCAAAAGAGACAAUCUUGGUUUCUGGAUCUAAGGAUAACACCAUCAAAAUGUUUGAUAUCUCCAAAGCAAGUGUAAAAAAGGCUUUUAAAACUAUAACAGAAGCUGAACCAGUUAAAGCAAUAUCUUUUCAUCCAUCAGGUGAUCAUCUCUUAGUUGCUACAAAUCAUCCUGUUGUUAGAUUAUACGAUGUCAAUACUACACAGUGUUAUGUUUGUGCUUUUCCUAGUCACCAACAUACCAAUACUGUAACAUGGGUUAAAUGGUCUCCUGAUGCUAGAGUAUUUGCUACUUGCAGUAAGGAUGGUAGUAUAAAACUUUGGGAUGGUGUCUCCAAUAGAUGUAUAAACACUUUUAUUAAAGCACAUGAUGGCUUAGAAGUGUGUUCUGUAGCAUUUUCGAAGAAUGGCAAAUAUUUAUUAUCAGCAGGAAAAAAUUCUAUCUGUAAAUUAUGGGAAUUGACAACUAGUCGAUGUCUGAUUGCAUACACUGGUGCGGGAACAACUGGUAAACAAGAAUAUGAGGCCCAAUGUGUUUUCAACCACACAGAGGAUUAUGUUCUAUUUCCGGAUGAGGCCACUACUUCUUUAUGUGCAUGGAACUCGAGAAAUGCUUCCAGGAAACAGUUGAUGUCUUUAGGACACAAUGGGGCUGUUAGACUUAUCGCCCAUUCUCCAACACAAGCUGCAUUCCUUACGUGUUCUGAUGAUUUCAGAGCUAGAUUUUGGUAUCGCAGAACACCCACUUUAUAGGGAGGGUUUAGUGAUACCUAUAGGUAUCACUAUGAUAUAUGAGAAUUAAGGGCUAGUUCCUAACUUUAUUAUCAGCUUGACAAUCCAUGAAAUGCCUUGGGUAUAAAACGUCAUAUAGAAAUGAUCCCUUUAUGAGACUAUUUCCACUUUUUAUAUCGUUACGAGGUUUAUUUUCUAUUUUGUUUGAGUUGGACCGUUAUUAUUUAAAUUUUGACUGGAGUAAGUCAAUUGUCUGUAUUCUUUAUAAUUUUGUGAAUAAAAUCUAUUAUUUCAUA